AUGUCUAAACGGACUCGACAAGACUCUUCUGAUGAUUGUCAUCGAUCUUCAUCGCCGGUUGAUGAAUCUAGUCUGCCGCCGGGCAAGUAUGCACAGCUGGAUCAUUCGACAGCACCCGACGCAAGCACAUUUAUAACUUGCAUGCUACCACCUCACGACCCGGUCAAUUUUUCAACAUACCAUGAUUAUGAAGCACACUACCACAAGACACACGUAAACAGAUGUCUUGAUUGUGGCAAGAACUUUCCUACCGAUCAUUUUCUCUCUCUGCACAUCGCUGAAAGACACGAUGCUAUCAAUCUUGUCAAACGCGAUAGAGGAGACAAGAUCUACCGCUGCUUCGUCGAGGAUUGCGACAAAGUCUGCCGAACUCCACACAAGCGCCGGAUGCAUUUGGUCGACAAGCAUAUGUUUCCUCAGGACUUCGACUUCUAUAUCGUGAAUCAUGGCUCCGACAAUCGUACCUCACUGCUGCUUGGCAACACCAAAGCUCAUGCAAAAAAGCAGAAUGCCACAGCCAGUCAGAAGGCUGUCACAAAGAACACCGCCGAGGAUGCAGACGGACUGCAUGUCAUGAAUAGCAGUCAAGGCGGAGACAGAGAUGUAUCGAUGGACGUUGUUGUCGAGUCAAUGGCCGCUCUGAGAUUCGUACCAAAGUCCGUCACGUUUGGUAGAAGUCGACAACGAGGAGGUUUUUCAGAGACUUGA